GGGAACGUCGGCGGCGGCGCGGGCAGGUCACACACCGGGACGGGAUGCCGUCGUGUCGGAGCAGCUCCCUGUCGCUGCUGGCCCUAGUGAUGGUGGCCGGGACGCGGGCCGCCUCCUUUCGACCGGACAUCUCGAACGAGAUAGUCGCCCAGCUGUCUAACGAACUCAGAGAGUAUCCAGAGGCACCGGAGAAGCGCGGUCUGAUGACGUGCAGAAGGUCGGCUGUGUGCGGCCUGGUGCAGGCCAACGCGUGGGGCAUCAACGCCGAAAAGUUUUGCGACUGUCCCGGCCGUCAGUCGUGCCCACUGCUCUGGGACCCAGAGGAUGGCCGCUCGGUGACACACGGCUCCAAUCAGUACAAGUACUGCAGACAGGCGCCGGCCCUGUCUGUCUGCUCGCCGGGACAGCAGGCGAUGACCGAUGAGCUGGUCAGCUAUCGGGACGAGCGGCUCUCGAUGGCGCACCACGAGUUCAUCCACUGCCGCUGUCCGGCCGGCCACCAGCUCAAACAGAUCGACACGCAGUGGAGCGAGACCGACGACAGUGACGUCAUGGUCACCACCAAGGCCUGCACCAAGAUGCCGCAGUGCAGUCCCGGCCAGCACUGCAAGUUCGUCACUCAGAGCAGUGAUAAGGCCAGCGAGGUGACCACCCUGGUGCAGGUCAACUGCGCAUGCGCGCCCAGCCAGACCUGUCCGACGCGGACCGAGCACAAGAUCGAGACGCAGGCGUUCGGACACGGCAGUCUGCACUCGAUCCUGUGCCGGUAGGCCGGCGGGCCCUCAGCUCGACGGCCGGCCGCCGACGGGAUGACCCCCGGCUGACCUGGUGACGUCAGCCGGCCGAGCAGCUGACACGUGACCUGUGAUCGCAACUCGGCUCCUGAGGCCAGUGGCACAGUCUGGUCCGCCUUGCGAAGACCGUAAAUAACACGGGCGAAACCUCAUGCUCCCGUGUCGAGUGAUCUCACGACGCUCACGACUUUGUAUAAAAAUAGAAUUCGAGACGUAAGCGUUUCAAAAGAAAGUUUGGUCAUGAGAGUGUUCUUCUCAUCUUUUAUUCCAGCUGUAUUAUCGUUAAUUGGUUCGAAAAAAAUGACGCACUUAGCUGUCAUCAUACUUGAACUAAAAUACUCAAGAACUAUCAAUGCUUAAUGACUAGGACUCUAAUAGAUCAAGAGGUCGCCUGUACCAUCAUGAUGAGAACUGUAUGGUGAGAGGCCUAAUAUAAAUAGGUUUUGAGAGCUAUACUGGCACGAGGCACCCAUGUAGCUCAUGCGAUUGUGUAUUUAUGUCGCGCUUUUACUAUAUAAAUAUGAUAUUCAUCGUUCCUAGAGAAAGUGUUAUGUGUCAAUACUUUCGAUAAAUAAGCGAAGCAAACCACUGAUGAUUUUUCAAUGCGGCAUUUGCUUUUGAGCUGCAUUAUUUAAAAAAGGAAUGUUUCAUGAAUAUUUGCAAGUUACAACGUAUUUUAAAUAAAUGUUUGGUCGAUGAAA